GAAGGAAUACAAUAGAAAACGUUAUUUGACGAUCAAAGAUGGCGGAAACAAAGUCGAAGGGCCCAACGAUGGAAAGAGACUUCAGUUCUAUUAUAAUAACGUUAGAAAACGUAUUGAUACCAGACGAAAAACUUUCACCAACACCAUCAAUGCAAGAUGGACUUGAUAUAGAUACUGAAACCGAUCUGAGAAUACUGGGUUGCGAGCUUAUACAAACGUCAGGCAUUUUGCUCAAGCUACCACAGGUGGCAAUGGCAACAGGACAAGUGUUAUUCCAGAGAUUUUACUACUCAAAAUCUUUUGUCAAGCACAAUAUGGAGGUACUUGCAAUGGCCUGUGUUAAUCUUGCCUCAAAGAUUGAAGAAUGUCCACGAAGACUAAGAGAUGUCAUCAAUACAUUCCACCAUGUUAAACAAGUUAGAAAUAAAAAAAAUAUCCGUCCUUUGGUUUUGGAUCAAAGCUACAUCAAUUUGAAAAAUCAAGUGAUUAAAGCAGAAAGAAGAGUUCUAAAGGAGCUGGGCUUCUGUGUUCAUGUGAAGCAUCCACACAAGGUGAUUGUCAUGUAUCUGCAAGUGUUGGAUGCGCACCAGAAUCAGAAACUGGUCCAAUGUGCAUGGAACUACAUGAAUGACAGUUUCCGGACAGAUGUGUUUGUUCGCUGGCACCCAGAAACCAUAGCCUGUGCAUGUAUCUGGUUGGCAGCCAGGCAACUACAGGUGCCCCUGCCUAACAGCCCUCCCUGGUUUGAGUUGUUCAAUGUGAUUGAGGAAGAGAUAAGGAACAUCUGCCUCACCAUCCUCCGGCUCUAUGCAAGGCAAAAGCCUAACCCUGAUGCCUUGGAGAAGAAGGUGACUGCUGCCCGCGCUGUGCAGCUUGAGGCCAAACAGAAAGCCAAAGGGCUCUUCUCAGAACGUGACAGUCCCAAUUCAAUCUCCAGAAAUGACUCACCAAAGAAUGUCAGUCCCAAUCCCACCACCACAACACUUAUUGGAGAACUGAAAAAGCGAAUCAAGAAAGAACAAGAGGAAAGAAAUGAGAAGUCCAAGGCUAAACACCGCUCAAGAUCUCGAAGUGGAUCUAGAUCUUCCCGGUCCAGUGGGAGUCUACAGCGGAAGCGACGCCAAAGUCCCUCUCGCAAGGCCAAGAAAGACAAAUACUCUCAGGAAAGACGGUCGAAGGACACACACAAGUCAAGGAAGAGAAAGCACAGAUCACACAGCCACAGUGCCUCACGUUCACCGUCACCUGGCUUCAAAUCUAGUCAUAAGAAACGCUCAAUAGACAAGGGUAAUGAAGGGAAAGAUCGUGACUAUAAGGAAAAUAAGGACAGAUACAAUUCGCCGGAUAGGUAUCCUAGGAAACACCACAGAAAUGGACACUCUAGCCCUUCCAGGCUCGACAAGUAUGACAAAUAUAGGAGAUAAUGAACAUUUUUGGAAUAGUGUCUCAAAUUGUUCGUUUUAAAAAAGGUGCAAAUAUGAAAAAUGUUCAAAAUAAGGCAGCAGAAUUAUAUAGUUUUGUUUCUUCACCGCGAAUUGCUGUCUUUCUUGUAAUAUUAUCAGGGUGCAGAAUCAACAGUUUUUUCAGGAGUUUACACACGAGCUGGACAGAAUGUAAACACACCAUUAAGAGCUUGCAAAUAUUUAAAGUUAUCAAAAUUAAUUUUCAAAAAUCGUAAGUGCAUAAAAGACAGUUUUUUUACAGUUUGUGUCGAUAUCUAAAGGUACAAAUGCUUGAAUAUGUCUGAAAUCCGUGACAAAAUUUAUAACUGAAAAAUUAAUGCAGUACACAUAAAAGUUUUGAAAAAGAACACCUGCAUAUUAAAUAAAGUAAUUCUGAUGUGAUUUAGAUUGCCAUAAGCAGCAUAAAAAUUGGUCUUUUAUGCAAUAGUUGAAAUUAUUAAGAAAGAUUGUUUUAUACAGUUAUUUGUCAAAAAUGCACCAAUUACUGGUGUGUUUACAUCCAUUAAUAUGUUAUUGUGAAUCCCACAAAGUCACGUGAUCCUGUGCCCUGUUAAAGGACAAUGAGUUUACUUUUUAUACGCCCGUCUAUGACGGGACGUAUUAUGGUAUACCCCGCGUCCGUCUGUCCGUCCGUCCGUCUGUCCGUCCGUAUGUCUGUUAAUGUCGUACGCUACGUCAAAUAUCCUUUGACAGAUUUUCUUCAAAUUUUAACACAAUCUUAAUAUUGAUAAACCCUGAUCCCCUUUCGUUUUUGACGGAAUUCUGAAUUGUCGUUCCAGAGUUAUGGGACUUUGUUCGUCAAAAUUUCGUGAUUUCAUUGAAUGUCCUACUGUAGCUAUAUAAAAAUGUUAAAGUUGUUAUAACUUUGGUAUGCUUGGACCUAGAGUCUUGAAACUUGACAUGAAGGUUGGCCAGAACUAGUAAGUAACCACUGGACAUUUCAAGGUCAUUCAUUUGAAGGUCAAGGUCACUGUGACCUUGAAUGUAAAAAUGUUAAAGUUGUUAUAACUUUGGUAUGCUUGGACCUAGAGUCUUGAAACUUGACAUGAAGGUUGGCCAGAACUAGUAAGUAACCCCUGGACAUUUCAAGGUCAUUCAUUUGAAGGUCAAGGUCACUGUGACCUUGAAUGUAAAAAUGUUAAAGUUCUUAUUUCAUGUUAUAACUUUGGUAUGCUUGUACCUAGAGUCUUCAAACUUGAAAUAAAGAUUGGCCAGUACUAGAAGAUGACCACUGGUCAUUUCAAUGUCAUUCAUUUGAAGGUCAAGGUCACUGUGACCUUAAAUGUUAAAAUGUUAAAAUUGUUAUAACUUUGGUAUGCUUGGACAUAGAGUCUUCAAACUUGACAUGAAGGUUUGCAAGCACACUUAGAUGACCACUGGUCAUUAUAAGGUCAUUCAUUCUAAGGUCAAGGUCACACAAGGUCACUGUGACCUUAAAUGUUAAAAUGUUAAAAUUGUUAUAACUUUGGUAUGCUUGGACAUAGAGUCUUCAAACUUGACAUGAAGGUUUGCAAGCACACUUAGAUGACCACUGGUCAUUUCAAGGUCAUUCAUUCUAAGGUCAAGGUCACUGUGACCUUAAAUGUUAUUGUUGUUCAUGUAUCCUACCGUAGCUCAAAUAUCCCCCGAUGGAUUUUUUAUACGCCCGUCUAUGACGGGACGUAUUAUGGUAUACCCCGCGUCCGUCUGUCCGUCCGUCCGUCCGUCUGUUAAUGUCGUACACUACGUCAAAUAUCCUUUGACAGAUUUUCUUCAAAUUUUAACACAAUCUUAAUAUUGAUAAACCCUGAUCCCCUUUCGUUUUUGACGGAAUUCUGAAUUGUCGUUCCAGAGUUAUGGGACUUUGUUCGUCAAAAUUUCGUGAUUUCAUUGAAUGUCCUACUGUAGCUCAAAUAUCCUUCGAUGGAUUUUUUUCAAAUUUCAACACAAUCUUAAUAUUGAUAAACCCUGAUCCCCUUUCGUUUUUGACGGAAUUCUGAAUUGUCGUUCCAGAGUUAUGGGACUUUGUUCGUCAAAAUUUCGUGAUUUCCAUGCUCAUGUACUUAUAAAAUAAACCAUGUAUUCAAAUACAAAUAAACUGAAGUAAAAAAAUUAUUCAAAGGGUUAUUUAUUACCUUACUACUUCAUUGGCGAACGACGGGCGUAUCAUGCGCUCAUGGCGCAGCUUUUAUUGAAACAUGGUCUCAAUGUAAUUUCUCAUUUUGUGUGUGUCAAUGCCUUGAAAUGUUUAUUCAAUAAAUUAAUUAAGUUUUCUUAAGCUGGAUACAAAAAUGUGUUCCAGUUACAAAAUCUGAUUUAUUUCACUAGUAGAAAACACACGUGUACAAGCAGUUCUAUACUGGUAAUUGAACCACUAUCGUAAAUAAUGACAUCUUUAUCUAUCAAUCAUACAUCAAUCCAUUAAUCAUAGUUCACACCUUCAUAUAUCAAUCACACUUCCAUCUAUCAGUCACUUCUCCAUUUAAUCCUGAAAGACUGCCUGGAAUUGUAUGGAAAAAACACGAAUGAUGCUCAUGUUCAUGUGUUAAAUGUUUGAAUGUUUCACUUUAAUUAAUGCAUUCUGUUUUCAGGGAUACCUAUCAUGAUUUUGUACAGUUUUAAUUUGUAUAGAUCGGCCUAGAUGGCCUUGUGUUAAUUUAAUCAUGUAUAUCAGUCAUUGCAUAAAUGCCAUUUUUAAAAAAGUCUAAAAGAUAAAUUAGAUUCUAUAUAUAACGACUUAA